AUGACGGCUGUGACAUGCGAUCCGCCCUCCAAGGGAGAAGUCGCCGAUGCCAUACAAAAAUUGCGCAAUAACAAGGCACCCGGAGAGGACGGUAUACCCGCUGAAAUCUUUAAGUCUUGUGUCGACACUCUGGUGCCCUGGCUCCAUGAGGUGAUUGAACGAGCGUGGAGAGACGAGGUUGUUCCUGAUGACUGGCGCUUAGGCAUCCUUGUACAUAUCCUCAAGAAGGCAGAUAAGACGAGAUGCGAGGACUACCGCGGCAUAAGUCCCAUCGACGUUGCUUCGAAGAUCUUCGUUAUUGUCCUACUCAGGCGGUUCCAGGUUGUGCGUGACUCAUGGACGAGGCCCAAUCAAGCCGGAUUUCGUGCUGGACGUGGAUGCGCAGACCAGAUAUUCACACUGAGGCGCAUUCUCGAAUUUCGCCAUAGCUACCAACAACCGACGGCCGUCUGCUUCAUUGACUUUGCCGCCGCGUUCGAUUCCGUUAACCGUGAGUCCCUGUGGCGGAUAAUGGCGCUAGAUGGUGUACCGGCAAAAAUCAUCGCCAUGAUCAAGGCCUACUACCGCUCCACCACUGCGAGAGUCCUGGUCCGCAACAAUCUUUCCCAACCGUUCGGUCUUCGGUUUGGCGUCCGACAGGGUUGUAUCCUGUCACCAAUACUGUUCAACUACGCUAUUGACUGGAUCCUCGGGAGGGCCCCGCGCGAGAGUGAUGGUGUUGAAUUCGCACCCGGACAUCGCCUGACUGAUCUCGACUAUGCCGAUAAUAUCGCCUUACUUCAAGUUUUGGUGAUCUGCAGUCUAUGGUGUUACGGGUGA